ACGGGCCGCGGGCCGCCAGCCGAGAGCAUGUGGAGAAAUAACCGUAGAGCUGCGGGGCCCCGGACCAACGAUCGACUGGCGCGUACCACCGUCAGGCCAGGGGCGAUCGCAUCACAGGACUUUCCCAUCCCCUUUUCAUCCACUCAUAUAAAAAGUUUGCCUGAUGCUUCUUGGAGGGACCGAAGCUCCAACUUAUCACCAUGUCCGACGCGAUCAAGCACUUGCAGGAACAUGUUGAGGAUACCGAGAAAGGCUCGUACCGCACUGGUUCUCCUGCCACUGGUCCACCGCCAGCCGGAAUUGAUGCUGAAGUCGCCAACUUUUUUGCUUCCCAAGAUGCACCAGCAGUCGUUGACGAUGCAACAAACAGGCGUCUCAGAUGGCUCAUUCACAAGCGCGUCUUGGUUGUCAUGGUCGUUACUUACUUUGCACAAACACUGGAUAAAGGAACAAUGAGCUUUGCUUCGAUCAUGGGCAUUCGGACAGAUACCCACCUUAAGGGCCAAGAGUAUGCCUGGUUGACUACAUGUGUCUAUAUCGCUAUUCUCCUCUGGGAAUUCCCGACCAAUCGGCUCAUUCAGCGACUUCCCAUUGCAAAAUAUCUUGCGUUCAAUAUCAUGGCCUGGGGGGCCGUUCUGGCCUGCACGGCUGCUUGCAAGAACUUUGUCGGUUUAGUUGUUGUACGAACAUUCUUGGGUAUCUUUGAGUGUGUUUGCCAACCUGCGUUUGUUUUCUUGUCUACGAUGUGGUAUACCCGAGAAGAGCAAGCUUUGGUCAUCGGGGCGUUUUACUCAAUGAAUGGCUUCCAACAAUGCGUCGGCGGUCUCAUUGCCUAUGGAAUCGCCCAGGUCACAGACGCCAAGAUUAAGAACUGGCAAAUACUAUUUACGCUACUCGGCUGCAUCACGUUCGUAUGGGGUAUCUUCGUCGCAUUCUGGCUCCCAGAUAGUCCCAUGCGGGCCAAGUGCUUUUCCCCCGAAGAUCGCAUUCUUAUAGCUGAACGCGUCAGGAAAAAUGAUACUGGACUGCAGAACAAAGAGUUCAAGAAACAUCAAGCAAUCGAAGGCCUAUUAGAUCCAACCGUAUGGGCUAUUACCUUGAUCUCUUUCACAAAUGGAUUGCCUCCUGGCGGUAUCGGUUCUUUCUCGAGCAUCAUUUUGACGGCAUUUGGUUUCACAGUUCUGCAGACCUACUUGCUCGCCAUUGCACAGGGUGUCAUUAUCAUGGCAUUCUUGUUCAGUGCGGCAUAUCUGUCAAAGAGAUACAACCAAAAGCUUCUGUUAGCUUUCUUGUAUACUCUCCCCAAUAUUGCUGGCACGAUUGUAUUCAUCUGCGUAGAAACGUCCGCCAAGACCAAAGUCGGGCUUCUGAUUGCCUUCUAUUGCACACAAGGUUUUGGCGCUGUUGCAGUCUUGAACUUGGCAGUAAUGUCUGGAAAUGUUGCCGGACGGACCAAACAAGUAAUUGCGUCGACACUGGUGUUCAUUGCAUGGGCAGUCGGAAACUCUAUAGGACCACAAGUUUUCCGUUCCAAUGACAGUCCUAGAUACGAGAAAGCAUGGAUCGCCCACAUGGUUAUGUACGGGCUGCAGAUCGCCGCCAUUUUCUUCCUCAGAGUCCGGCUUAUGCGACUGAAUGUCUUGAAACGCCGUGCACAGUCGCUGAAAGAGAGUCAGGUUAGCGGUGAAGAUUCUGAUGAGCAUCUUGCCCAUCUGCACGCCUUUGAUGACCUUACUGACCAAGAAAAUCCCGACUUCCGCUACGUCUACUAGUACUGAUGUUUCUUCACGACGCUGGGUCAAUGUUCGAAUGUUAAAUGUCAGCUCAGUAUCAUGUGACUAUUCUCAGGGCGUUUCUUUACUUUACGGUUGAAAACAAGACGUUUAUUUCUGCUAAAUAAAAUACAUUGA